UUUCCAUCUAUUUGCUAUCGCGUGGUUCCAGCUUGGAGGUCCUUAGACUUCUCUAUUUCCCUCCCUGCCACCACACUCUCGCAUCUACCUUCGUAGGGUUCUUCAAUGCUCUUUUCCCGUUUCGAAGACUGACGAUCGAAUUCUAAUCGGUUUCCGAGCAAAUGAGAGAGUCAGAGUUGGAUUUCUGCUGCGGAUCCAUGGGUCUCUUUGACAAUCCCUGUAGAAAAUCGUGCGGACGGAGUUAUUUAUAGGGUUUUUGUUGCAAGACGGUCUUCUUUUCUGAUUUGGAGUAGAAAAUGUCAUUUCACGGUUUUUCUUCAAAAUCGGAGAAGAAUGAGGCCGCCAAGCAACAACGGAGGGAUCCAUACGAGGUCCUCGGGGUUUCUCGGAACGCAACGGAUCAGGAAAUUAAGAGCGCCUAUCGAAAGAUGGCUCUCAAGUACCAUCCUGAUAAAAAUGCAAAUGAUCCUGAAGCAGCUGAUAUGUUUAAGGAGGGUACAUUCUCUUAUAAUAUUCUUUCCGAUCCAGACAAGCGACGUCAGUAUGAUACAGCUGGUUUUGAGGCUAUUGAAUUAGAAAGCCAAGAAUUGGAGUUGGAUCUUUCAAGUUUGGGAGCUGUCAACACCAUGUUUGCUGCCCUUUUUAGUAAACUUGGUGUGCCAAUUAAGACCGCUGUGUCAGCAACUGUCUUGGAAGAAGCACUCAAUGGAAUGGUAACUAUUCAUCAACUUCAGUUGGGGAAACCCUUGUUUAAGAAGGUUGAGAAACAGUGUGCUCACUUCUAUUCUGUAACAAUAACAGAACAGGAAGCACAAGCUGGAUUUGUGUGUCGAGUGCAAUCACCAGACAGAAGCAAAUUCAAGCUUUUGUACUUCGAGCAGGAUGAUAAUGGUGGAUUAUACCUUGCAUUACAGGAAGACAGUGCAAAAACAAGAAAGGCCACAUCUGCUGGGAUGUAUUUUUUUGGUUUCCCUGUUUACCGGUUAGAUCAACCACUCAAUACGAUAGCAGCUACAAAGGAACCUGAUGCUGCCUUUUUCAAAAAAUUGGAAGGAUUUCAUCCGUGUGAAAUUACUGAACUAAAAGCUGGGACCCAUGUUUUUGCUGUCUAUGGUGACAACUUUUUCAAAAGUGUUAGCUACAGAAUAGAAGUGCUUUGUGCUGCACCUUUUCCAGAAGAAAAGGAAAACCUAAGGGCUGUGGAAGCUCAAAUUUUAAAUAAGAGGGUGGAGCUUGCUAAAUUUGAAACCGAGUACAGAGAGGUCUUGGCACAAUUCACAGAGAUGACCAGUAGAUAUGCACAAGAAAUGCAGUCAAUUGAUGAACUUCUUCAGCAAAGGAACACAAUCCAUGCUGCAUACACAACUGUUCCACCUUUAAACCGAAGUAUGAGUAGUAGCAAGGUCAGAGGUUCCUUCAAGGAGUCUAAAGUAGAAGAGGAUCAGCAAGCAAAAGAUAAGAAGCCUAUGAGGGAUAGGACAAAGAAGAAAUGGUAUAAUCUAUACUUGAAGGUGGAUAAGAGGAAACCUUGCUGAAUAUGGGUUAUUUUCUUUUGAAGAAUUGUGGGGAGCUUCAACAAACAUCUUCUGAGUGAACAUGUCCAGCCCGUUUGUUCAGCAAUAGUGGAGAUAAAUCCUUGGGCAUAUUCUUUGUUACUCUAGCAUGUAAAGGAUAUCAAUGCUUGC